GUGACUCAGCGCGGAAGGAGAGAGCGGCAAACAGACCGUCGGCCAUCUUUACCGAAGAAAUACGUGAACUCUUCCUUGUUCGUUUAUUUAGUUUUCCCCUAUAAAUCCCACAUCUAUGGCACUGAAGAGAAUCACGAAGGAGUUGCAGGACCUGGGUCGGGACCCCCCCGCACAGUGUUCCGCUGGACCAGUAGCAGGGGAGGACUUAUUUCACUGGCAGGCAACGAUCAUGGGCCCGGCGGACAGCCCCUACCAAGGCGGAGUGUUCUUUUUGAACAUCCACUUCCCCACAGACUACCCCUUCAAACCACCCAAGGUGCAAUUCACAACAAAAAUCUACCACCCCAACAUUAAUAGUAACGGCAGCAUCUGUCUAGACAUCUUGAGGUCACAGUGGUCACCAGCCCUCACAAUAUCAAAAGGUAAGGUCACAGGUCAUAGGUCACCAGCCCUCACAAUAUCAAAAGUUCUGCUGUCGAUCUGCUCGCUGUUGACCGACCCGAACCCAGACGACCCGCUGGUCCCGGAUAUCGCCCGGAUUUACAAAACGGACAAGAAGAAAUACAACGAACAAGCCAAGGAGUGGACCAACAAAUACGCCAUGUAACGCCGUCACUGGGCCUGCCGUCACCACACUGCAGCCCCCCCUCCACACCCUCAGCAGCCCCCCAUUCACACCCACAAACCCCCAGGUCUCUGUAAGCACCCUGACGCGCUGGCCUGUUGAGUGUCCUUUUUGUAUCUUCAGUCAAACCACAUUUGUGUAAGGCAUAAGAAAAAAAGUCCUUUUCAGUCCUGAAAAAUGUGUGUAAUUUUUUUAGGACUGAAACAGGAAACGCAACAUUUUUUCCUAGGCCUUCGAACUACCUGGUCAAUAUUAUACACAGUUAAACCUGACCAGUUCUGUAUAUGGACCACCUGGCCAUAUUAUAGUUAUACACAGUCAAAACUUGUACUAGUGACCACCUCUGUAUAAGGACCAUCGAUACACAGUCAAAGCUGUACUACAUAGUGACCACCUCUGUAUAAGGACCAUCGAUAUUCUAGUACAGUCAAACCUGCACAGUGACCACCUCUAUAUAAAGACCGAUGUUUUGGUGAUUCCCAUUGACACAAGCACAAAAACCCUGUCUAUAGUGACCAGUGGUCCACAUAAACCUAAUAUUGAACUUCUUGGGCAGUUUUGGACAGAAUCCCCGUCCAGUUUUUGGACUCAUGAAAAAUACCAUCUUUCUUCCAAAUAUGGUCCCAAACUGGCUCUCAGUCAAUCAGAGGCCUGUGAGGUACUGUCCGCUUAAUAUUCAUGAGCUGGGUCUGCUCUGAUUGGCUGGAGACUAUAACACACCAAAUAAGGCAGGUUUGCAAAUAUAUUUACAACUUGAAGGUGCAAAGAAGGCCCAACAGAAAGCCAGAGUGUCAGUCUCCCCUCCCUUCCCCAACUCUUUCUCUUUCCUCAUUGUAAAUUACGAACUAUGUGUCCCCACCCCUUUUUGUUAGAUGGUAUCACCCAAAUGUCUCGAUGUAUUCGUUUUAAAUUAAAGCUCGUUAUGUAUGUGGGUAAUUGAUUAGGGAGGGGGUGCAAACAGUACGUAACGUUUCGGUCAAAUAUGUUUGUAUUUAAAGUAUUUAAAUCCUUCCCGAAGCUCAGAGAAAUUUUAAGUGUUUCGUUGAAAGUUGUUCAUGCAUGCCUACAGAGGUUAGUUUGUCUGGCUUGUGAGAGGUGGGGUCAGGGUUUGGGGGUCAGAGGUCAGGGAUGGGGGGGGCCAGAGGUCAGGGGUCGGGCUGCAGUGUGCAGACACAGCUAAGGGGAAUCAAAGUGGUGGGGGAGGGGGGCGAAAUGGACUAGCAUACGGGGAAAUGCCAGCGACAAAGGGGGGGUGGGGGCGCUUUAGCAGGGGGAUAUUUCCGGGUGGAUUUUUUCACACUCAAUAAUUUUGCUGCCAUCUUAGCCGCUGUGUUGAUCGUCGGGCUUUUUCACCAUCUGCAAGUACGGGCCGCGUGCCGUUUGUAUAUUCUUCUAUCUCCACUGGGGUCUGCCUGUAAGGGUACAUACAGUAGGGCGGGAUGUUAUUAAACGAUGUGCGAUGUUUUAAUUAAUUAAAAGCUCUUUUGUUUGUCAUGUGGAGAGACAGUACUUAUAAAUGUCGACUGUACAGCUCACCAAGGUUCUGUUUGUAACCACUUCUUCAGUAAUCAGA